AUGCUUGCGCAGACGCCCAAGCUCAAGAAUAUGUUCUACGCGUGUUAUCUUCCCGCUUUUGAAUGCGACUUUGAUGUCGAUGAGCUGAGAAGAGGACUGGAGCACGUUCGCCAUUCCUUGACCAAAUUGACGCUCAACUUGACUAUUAUGCAAAGAGGCCUUAUUGAUUUCUCAGAUCACAAUUGGCAACCAUUAGCCGAUCUCUUGCCACCAAAUCUCACCUCUCUCGCCCUCAGAGACGAACUAUGGAACGAUCAUACCACCUUCCAAGAUAUCUACACCGAAAAAGCAAUCCGGAAUCUGAUGCGGGCGUUCCUCGGCUCCGGCUCUAGAUCAUCAACCCUCAGUCUCCGCCACGUCUACUUCUAUCGCUACCCCGCGAUAUGGGACUAUGGCAACCUCUCCAAGGGCCCUGAGAAGGAAUACUACGAGGAUUGGAAGCCUGUGGAUGACAAGUACGGCAGCCGAUGGGUUCUUGCGGGGAGAUAG